GAAACACGGCGGGAUCAGCUGACUGUACUCGUCUACUUCCUCAAAGUGUAAACACAGGACAGUGUUUCCCAGAGCAAGUCAGCCACGGGCGAUACACAGCGACUGUUUGAAUAUAUAUGUGUAUGCACAAUGUAGCGCGAGGACCUUUGUACGAAGCCACGAAGCGGCCGUGAGAGGAAAACAGCCGAGUCAAGGAGCUUAAAGUGUUAGUGUGCUGUGUGGGAAUGGGUCCCAUCCCUUCCUGGUGCAAAUGGAGAAUAAAGGGAACGACGAAGUGGAAAAAUUGAAGACAAAGUUUCUAUCAGCGUGGCACAAUGUGAAGUACAGUUGGGCCCUGAAACCAAAGACUUUAUUCAGUAGGAAUUCUCCAGUGUUCCUUCUGGGAAAGUGUUACCAUUUUAAGGCUGAAGAUGACGAUGGUCUCACAGACACUUGCUAUGAAGACUCUGAUGACGACUUUGUCGCGGGGAACGUGGAGGCUUUCCGGAGGGACUUUGCGUCUCGAAUGUGGCUGACCUACAGGGAGGACUUUCCUCCUUUGCCUGGCUCCACCCUGACCUCUGACUGUGGCUGGGGAUGUAUGCUGAGAGCCGGACAGAUGAUGCUGGCUCAGGCACUUAUUCUACACUUCUUAGGCAGAGAUUGGACCUGGCCAGAAGCAUUGAAUCUCCAGCCUUUAGACACAGAGACGUGGACUACAACUGCAGCCAAACGUCUGGUUGCCUCUUUAGAGGCUUCUCUUCACGUUUCCCCCCGGCCUUCAGAUCAGGGUUUACCACCCAUGCCUCAGGCCCAGGCUCUGGGAUCUGCAGAGGAGGCAGACCCUCAUCUGAAAGAGAUGUACCACCGCUUACUGGUGUCCUGGUUUGUCGACAGUCCCUUGGCUCAUUUCGGCCUGCACAGGCUGCUGCGCUUAGGUCUGACCAUGGGAAAACAGGCAGGGGACUGGUAUGGACCUGCUGUGGUGGCACACAUCCUUAAGAAAGCUGUCGAGGAGGCGAUGGACCCUGGCUUGGCGGGUAUAACUGCCUAUGUCUCCCAGGACUGCACAGUGUACAGUGCAGAUGUCAUCGAUAGCCACAGGACACAAACAGCGAGGCAGGACACUGCUGAGGGAUCAGAUGCUCCUCCUCCUCCUCCUACGCCGCCACAGAACAACCAACCGACGUCUGCCUCCACUCAGCCAGACAGCCGAGCGGUUAUCAUCCUCAUCCCUGUGAGGCUGGGAGGGGAGAAGACAAACCCUGAGUAUUUUGACUUUGUAAAGAGCAUACUGAGCCUGGAGUACUGCAUAGGUGUCAUCGGAGGGAAACCCAAACAGGCCUGCUACUUUGUAGGAUUUCAAGAUGACAGCUUGAUUUACAUGGACCCUCAUUACUGUCAGUCUUUUGUGGAUGUCAGCACCAGCGAUUUCCCUCUCCAGUCAUAUCACUGCCCCUCACCAAAGAAGAUGCCUUUCAAUAAGAUGGACCCAAGCUGCACCAUAGGUUUCUACUCUCGAAGUGUCCAAGACUACGAGAGAAUCAGCCAAGAGCUGUCAAAGGUGCUGCAGCCGUCAGCGAAGGAGAAAUACCCAGCGUUCACUUUCAUGCAAGGUCAUGGCAGAGAUUAUGACCUGUCAGCCAGCCUGACCCCAGAGAAGAGAGAAUGGCCCUUCAUCCGUGACCCGAGGAGAACGGUCACCACUGCUGGGGACUUUGUGCUGCUUUGACAGCGCUGUUUAAGAGACUCUGAGACUGCUCAGGAUCCAGAGCCCUCCUGUUCAAGACUGACCUUAUAUGUUAUCUGGGAAACUUUGUUGCUAAACAAUUGUUCAGACUGCUGUUAGCUAGUUGCCUGGUAAUGUGGAAUGGAAGACAUUGUUGGUGCUCUGCUGAAUUUAAUUACCUAACAUUUUUAUACACUCACUGAGGAAAGAAAAGCAUUUAGUCUAGGGGAACAUUUCAUUUUGCACCAGUGUUUAUAUUUAUAAUGUUAACACCAGAUUUUGGGGUAUUUGGUAAAAAGAGUAAUAAUAAAAAAGGUGUUUGCUUAUAAUGAUUGCUCAGUUUAAUUUAGCACCCUCCUGUUGCCAUACUUAGUAAAUUCAAGGAUGAUGGUGUCAGAUAUUACUCAAACUAUCUGUGGUGGCUCACUUUUAAAUGUUUAAAUAAUACACCUGUAGUAUUUCAAGAAGAGUUUAUCAAGUACUGUUAACAGAUCUCAGAUGCCAUGUCAUCACAACAUUUCAUUAAAACAGAUUAAUUCCUCUCCCGUUGGAGACGCCUCAAAAGAACAAGCACGUUCUUUAAAGUACACCCUUCAUUUCUUAAUUUUUUUAUUCACACUAAAUAGAGCAAUAAUAUAUGAUGGUGUUAUGGGAUAUUAUUACAAUUGUGGGCUUUUCUUUGCGUGUGUUUUUUUUUUUGAGUAGUAUUAAUUUUGACUUUAAAAAAUGUGACAGAUGUAAUGACGUAUUCUGCUGCACCUCACUAAGCACAAUCUGUUAUGAAUUAACCUAUUUACAAUAGGAUGCUUCAUGUAAUAUGCACUGUACUGACUAUAGUACUGUGCAAGAGUCUUAGGCCACCAUUAGAUUUGUUGUUUAAGCAAUGCUAUAAUGACCAUAUAAUUAUUUCUGAAUCAUUUUUGACAAAUAUCUGCUGUGAAAAAGGUAUUUUACACCAGGUUUAUUCAAGACAUACAUGAGCUUUACUCGUUGACAGCUCCUUCAUAUAUCAGACAACUUUCAGUCACAUUAUUCCAGUACAAAUGCCAAUGAUCACAGAAAAACAACAAAGCUGGUGGUGCACUGAGACCUUUGCACAGUACUGUACAUGCAGUUUAUAAAACAACGUUUAAAGUUGCAUAAUUAAAGAACAGAUUAGAUUCAAGGAACUGCAGUAGCAAAGGGAAAUAGUACUCAUUAAUCCUAAUAUUAUUAUUACUACUACUUGUUGGUAUGUUGUCUAAAACUAAAAGAAUUUAGCCAUUUCAUUUAAAGCAUUUCUGAGAUCUUACUUUUUCUAACGGGGAUUUCCCGAUGUUUCAUUGUGCGUUUUUGAAUAUUUCAUCAAAUGUAUUCCCUCAUUCAUAUUCCCUAGCACACUUUACAAUAACUUUACUUUAAUAAAGCAGAAGGGAAGAGGCACUCUUGGAUACACGUAAAAGCAACAAAACCCAUGCACUUUAAUCCAUCACUUCAAGAAACACUGAGGUUUUCAGACUGAUUUAUUUUUUCUCCUGUGGUUUCCUGCAUCACAAUGACCUGCAUGUUUUUGGUUUUUUAAGUUAACUUUCAAAAAUUAAUCUCAACAAAUCCAAAAAGAUGUUUCUCAUGCUGUUGGUUGGAGAAGCUGAAUAAAGUAAAAACAUUUGACUUUCUUAAUCAA